CUGCUGCUGCUGCUGCUGCUGGCGGGCCGCGCCGCGGGGACUCAGCGCUGGCUCAGCGAGAACUUCGAGAGGCCCGUGGACCUCGAGGGCUCCGGGGACGACGACGCCUUCCCCGAUGACGAGCUGGAUGACCUGUACUCGGGGUCCGGCUCGGGCUACUUCGAGCAGGAGUCGGGCAUCGAGACAGCCAUACGGUUCAGCCCAGACGUGGCCCUGGCAGUGUCCACCACUCCUGCUGUGCUGCCUACCAUGGACAUCCAGCCCAUGGGCAUCCCGUUUGAAGAGGUCACCUCUGAGCAUCCCACGCCGGAGCCAGCCACCAGCGCCCCCAUAGUGACGGCAGUCCCCGAAGAGCCCAGCCCGAGAGCCAUCACCACCUCCAUGCCCACGGCUACUCCCGCUGCCACCACACCCGAGGCCCCGACCGUGGCCAUGGUGCCUGCCACAGUGGCCACCGCCACCCCGAGCCUCCCUGAAGUUCCCCCUUCCACGGCUACCACCACCGUCAUAAGGACCACCGGCAUUCAGAGGCUCCUGCCUCUUCCGCUGACCACAGCAGCCACGGCCCAGGCCACCACCCCAGAGGCACCCUCACCGCCCACCACCGUGGCGUUCUUGGACACAGAGGCCCCAACGCCCAGGCUGGUCAGCACAGCUACCUCCAGGCCCAGGGCCCUUCCCAGGCCAGUUACCACCCAGGAACCUGUGAUCCCUGAGGAGAGCACGCUGCCCCUGGGCUCCACAGCCCCUGGACCCACAGAACUGGCGCAGACUCCAACCCCGGAGUCUCUCCUCACCACAGUCCGGGAGGAGCCAGAGGUGCCGGUGAGCGGGGGCCCCAGUGGGGACUUCGAGCUGCCUGAGGAGGAUACCACGCAGCCAGACACAGCCAACGAGGUGGUGGCUGUUGGUGGAGCAGCCGCCAGGCCGUCACCUCCUACUGGGACACUGCCCAAAGGUGCUGGCCCUGGCCCUGGCCUCCUGGACAAUGCGAUUGACUCAGGCAGCUCAGCGGCUCAGCUGCCUCAGAAGAGCAUCCUGGAGCGGAAGGAGGUGCUUGUAGCUGUGAUUGUGGGCGGGGUGGUAGGUGCCCUGUUCGCCGCCUUCCUCGUCACGCUGCUCAUCUACCGCAUGAAGAAGAAGGACGAGGGCAGCUACACUCUGGAGGAACCCAAGCAGGCGAGCGUCACGUACCAGAAGCCUGACAAGCAGGAGGAGUUCUACGCUUAGUGGAGCCUCAGUGCCUCCCUGCAGUCUCAGCACUGCCCCUCUGCCCAGUCCUCUGCCCAGGGCAGUCCCACCAGCUGGGGCUGGGCCUGAGAGGGAGCCUGGCCCACUUCUUCUCUGCCCACCCUCCCACCAUCUGUCCGGACUGCCAGCCUCACACAGAUGUUCCCUGAGGGAGGGAGGGGUGCUGCUGCCUGCUCUAGACUGUGACCUUACGAGCUCAUCUCUGUCUCCCACCACCCUGGCACUUCAGGACCUCGUGUCUGAUGGACAGGAGGAGGGAAGCACCUGAUUGGCUGGGGGAAGAAGGAGUGGGGCUUGAGGGGGGCUUCAUCUCCUACCUGGCCCCACAUGACUGCCCGAGGUCUCCUCUCAGGGGCAGAGAGGCACUCGGGCUGAUUUCUAGGACAAGCAUUUUAACAAACAGCCCUUGAAAUCACCAAGGCACCACAGUCUCUCCCUCCUACCCAGGGGACCCCUCUCUGUCCUGAGAGGGUGCACCUGGUCACCAGCCUGCUUUGUUCCAGCCACUCCGGAGUUGUGGGGUCUCUUCCCCUGUCUUCAUACACAUUCACCUCUUUCCCAGUCUGCCCCAGGCAGCCUCCAAUGAUGAAUAGCUGGCUUGCUCUGCCCUCCCUCUGGUGAGUGGAUCCCACAGAGACACCAUCUCUCACACCACCCCAAGUCACAAAGACAAAAGCCCACAACAGCACCGUCAUACACAGUCCUUCCAAGCCACUCAAGACAUGGUAGACAGACAUUCUUCCAAAGAUAUUUAUUCUCAUGCGUUUCUCACGCCAGCCCCUGCCCCCCCCCCCAAGCACUCAUGGCAAUGCAAGUUACUGGUCAUUGUCACCAUGUGGUGAUGAUGUGGCCUGUCUCCUUUCUGUUCCUCUGGCCCCACAUUCUCCAGCUUCAGGCUUACUGGGGAGAGUGGGAUCAAGCUGAAACACUCAGCCCAUAUUGGGUCCCCUGAGCUGCCCUGUUACUCUUCAUCUUCAUCACAAUCCCCUUAGCGACUGCAUUGCCACUGGUCCUGGUGUGUGACACAAUCCCUCGUGGAUGCACAAUCUCACCCACCUACUCUGCUCUGACCUGGAAGACAGGUGGGCACUGGAGCCUUUUCUGAAAGAAAGUACAGUGGACGGGGCAGUACCACCAGUUUCCCCAGGGCAUUGCACAUGGGCAGCAGCCCUGGCCUCACGCUCUGCUUGGCAGUCCGGGAAGGGCUUGCUUCGGGGCCAGUCCCCCCACCAACAGGGGAGCCUUGCUGGGGAAGGUUUCUGGAGUAUGAAGAUGUGAAGGGGGUGUGGGCAUCCUGGAGCAAAGGCCCUGGGUGUGGUGAGGACACGUUAUCUGGUUCCUGGUCUCCCUGAACCCCCUCCAGUUCUGAGCUCGGGCCUGACUGCCUCCCAGGACACACGUCUCCAAAGUGCCUGUGAGGGUGGGCCCUGCCACCGCCGGGCCCUCCGUACCCUCUCCCCUUGGCCUCACCCCACCCAGGGGUCUGCCUGGGGCCCUACCCCUGGACACUUGCCCACUCAUUAGCCAAUAUCCUGGUGGUCUGGAUGAGCUCAACCUGAAACCACCCAUCCAGACACACUGGGCCAUACCAAGGGCUAAGGUGGGACUCAACGGGGUAGGAGCUGGCACGGACCCCAGACUCCCCCUGCUAUGUUCCCCUAGCAAUGAAGGUCACUUCUGGUCCAUACCUUCCAUGUAGGGGUCCCAAAUCUCCUUUGGGGAAGUUGAGCUUGGUGGGGGCUCUUGUGGCCAAGGGUAUGAUCUGAGCAGAGGCUGGCUGGUGCUCACACCCCCACCCUGAUGGAAAUUAGGAACCCAGUUUUAUUUCUGUUCCCUUUUCAGAACUCCCUGUCAGCAAACUUCUGCGGGGUGAGGGGUGGUGGCGCCGGGGCCACUGGAGGAAGGUGCCAGGCUGUCUCGGGCCCAUCCACUAUUUGCUUCCAGGCUGGGGCGCCAUCUCCAGGAGCCCAGAGCCCCCCUCAGCAGAGCCAGGAGGCUUGGUGGAAUCCAGCUCUUCAGGGGGCAGGAGUGAGGAUCCCCUGGCCUGACCUGUCCUCCCUGGGGCACUGAGGGUAGAGGGGACCUAAGUUCCCUUGGUCCCUCUCUGCUCUUGGGGGGCUGCAGUUCUGGGGGUCGUUGCUCUGGAGAGAAGGCCUGGACCGGCCAAGGCUGAGAAACCAGGGAGCACCGAGGGAACCAGCAGUCUGGGCUGGUGAGGAGGGGAGCAGUCCCACCCAAGAGGUGGGCAUCACCUCUGUGCAGUGCAGGGAGGCAUCUGGGGCAGGCUGGAUGAAGGGGCCAAUUUGGCUCCCUUGCAGCAUUCUGGUGUGACAUCCUGAGGGCACGUUUGGGGCUCCACACUUUGUCUUUUCUCUGUGUCAUUUGAGAGAAAAGCUUGGUAGUGCCCUGGGCAGAUGUCCUGCCAUGCUUCUCACUGGGCCUGACAGCCCAAAUCUCCUGCCUGCCCUGCUUAGGCUGGGAAUGGGGGAGAGAGGUCAGCUGCAAGGAGCUGGAGCUCCCAAUGUGCAAUGUGGGUGCAGGGUCUGGCCCUGCCUGGCGUGUGGUGAGGGGCGCCAGGUCUGGCCCAGGAGGGCCCCGGGGGGGGGGGGAAAUCUGUCCUCCAGUCCUCUGGCGUUUCCUGGAACACGUGGCUGGUUCCAAAACAAAGGGCACCUGUGCAGCUGAGCCCUUGUUGGGCCUUUGCUGCCAAGGAGAAUGGAGUGACGGUGGUUUACGGUGGCCCAGACCCUAGCCGUGACUUUUCCACUCCAAGCUCAGUCUCUCUGGAGACCAGAGUGAGGGGGUCUCACCUCAUGCUGGGCCUCCUGAUGGCUGGAGGCGGGUGGUUGGUGCCCAGGACGGGUGGGGCGGGUCUGUGGGCAGUAGCUUCAUAUUGAGCUUGGUGUGCACAGGCCAGACCCCCUUACCAGGGGAUUGGCACCUCCCUCUGUCUAGGCCUCCGGGCUGGGGCCCUGGGCACCGGGUGUGGCCUCUGCAGCCUCCUCCGCUGAAUUUCUUGACAGGCUCAGUCCUGGACUGGCCACUCCGGCCUCCUGCCUGUAAAUAGAAGCCCACAUACUGUACAGAUUUGCAGAGAUGCCGAGAUGGGGCCAGGAGUCGCCCUCUGAGGGCGGAUGACUCCAGCACCCCCAGGCGCCCACCGGCCCCAGUGUGGCGAAUGCAUGUAAAUAGUUUCCGUAGGCAGCGUGGCUCCAGAGAGCCCCCUGAAGAGUGUCCCUCUGUGCGUCCUUUCUCCUGUACAGUCCUCCAAGACCCUGGCCUGGGCUGCGUGGCCGCUAGGCCCUCCUCCCCAAGGCCGCCCGCCCCCGCCCCCCAUAACCUGUUUAUUAACCAUACCUGCCCUGAGUUCAUGGCCAAAACUUUACAUGAGGAAAAGCAGAGGGAAAAGAUGGCGAACGAGACCAGGCAAAAGCCCUGCGCGGGGCUCACCUGUCCCAGCCUUGCAGAGGAACUGCUUGGAUUUUUGGUUUUGUUUAUUUUGUUCUCCCCCCCCCCUUUUUUUUUUUAACACUUUCCCGUGCUGUGCCCAUUUAUAAGAGGAAAUAAAACAAAGCUGAAAUGA